AUACCAAAGAGAGAAACCCCCUUUCACUAAAACAUUCUCUCACACAAACACACAUCUCCAUUCACAGACGGCACCACUGCUGUACUUCUUAUUAGGACUGGACAUAUUUACACACAUAUUAACUGUCUUAUUCUGCUCAUGGCUUGUGGGAUGCUUCUGCCGACCUGGAGCAGACAUCACUGGAGACUCAUCCAGCAUUUCCUCCAGAUGACCCUUCUGCUCUCCCUCCUGUGCCCACCCACAGAGUCUGUUCCCCGGGACAACGGCUCCAGCAGCAGCCCCGGAGAGGGCUGUGAGGGUUUCCAGGUGGAUGUUUGUGGUGUGUGUGCAGGAGAUGGGAGCACAUGUGAGCUGUUCAGCGGGACACUCUUUCUUUCUGUGCUCUCUGUCGGCUACCACAUGAUCCUGGACGUCCCCUCUGGAGCUCAACGAAUCAAAAUACAGGAAACACAGAAGACCAGGAACUACUUGGCUCUCAGGACAGCGGCUGGUGACUCAGUGAUAAAUGGUGACUGGGUGAUCGACAGGCCAGGACAGUUCUACGCUGCGGGUACUCAGCUCACUUACAAAAGGCCCAACGAGAUACGCAGCAGAGCGGGAGAAUCCAUCACUGCUCCUGGCCCAACCAAUCAGGAGCUGCAUCUCUUUGUUAUUUAUCAGCAACCCAAUCCAGCAGUGUAUUAUGAAUACAUUCUACCUAAAGACACCGUUACUGACAAUGAUUCAGAUGCAUAUUCUUACUCUAGUGUUCUACCUCUGGUAGAGAGUCAUGGAAUAUUUCCUGAUCCUGGCAAUAGUGACAGUGAAAACUCAUUGAGCAGCUCUCAUCCCAACCAAGUUCCAUCGGACCCUAUAACCCCUGAACCAGUUCCUCUCUACAGCUGGCUUGCCAUUACAACAACACCCUGCAGUGUCACCUGUGGAACGGGCAGUCGUCAGGUUCUUUUUGGCUGUGUGGAAAGAGCCACUCACACUACUGUACCAGGGGACCUCUGUAGCAUCACCAGUCAUCCUGGCCCUCAGGUAGAAGAGUGUCAAUCACAGCCUUGCCCGGCCUUCUGGGACGUUGGCGAGUGGUCAGAGUGCAGUAAGACCUGUGGUCCAGGGUUUCAGUAUCGACAGGUGAUUUGCCAGCAGGAGCAAGGACAGCAUGGCAAUAGCACAGUGAUUGUGGCGAGCAGCCUCUGCGAUAACACAGACGUGCCGGAGACGACCUCCGUGUGCCAGCUCAAGAUCUGCAGCGAGUGGCAGAUCCGCUCCGAGUGGACAGAGUGCUCGGUGCCAUGUGGAGUUGGUCAGCGUAAAAGAGAAGUUGUGUGUGUGGAUAACCUGGGUGACAUUGUUGCCGAUGAGGAAUGCAAUAUGGCCCUUCGCCCACAGGACCUGCAGAAUUGUGACAAAGGAGUGUGUGCCAGCAGCUGGUUCUACUCUCUCUGGAGUGACAGGUGCUCUGCAGACUGUGCGGAAGGAAGUCGCAGCCGGUCGGUGGUGUGUAUGAUGAGUCAGACCAACUCAUUGCCUUUGGACAACUGUGAUGAUGAGGAUAAACCUGACGAGCUCAUGCCGUGUGACCUGGGACCCUGCACACAGCGACUGGAAUGGUACACAGGAUCGUGGGGACAGUGUUCAUCUGAAUGUGGUAAUGGUACCCAGAGUCGAGGUGUGGUCUGUGUUGUCCAAAACAGUGGCCAAUUAGAAGUCACCUCAGAAGACCGUUGCUCUCAUCUGCCUCGUCCUCCGAGUGCACAGACCUGCUUUUUGAAGAGUUGUGGAUCACAGUGGUACAUGACGGAGUGGAGCUCAUGUUCUCGUUCUUGUGACGGAGGCUUUCGGGUGAGAGAGGUACGCUGUUUGCAAGAUGAUCUGACCACCAGCCAUGACUGUGACCCUGCUCUUGAACCAGCAAACAAGGAGAACUGUAACACACACACCUGCGUGCCACUGAUUGAUGAGUCCUGCAGGGAUAUGUACUAUAACUGUGUGGUGGUAGUCCAGAGCCGUUUGUGUGUGUACUCAUACUAUCGCACCACAUGUUGUGCAUCAUGCUCUCGGGUCACUCAGAGAGACACGCUGCACAGAAUCAGGUGAUCUGGUCCUUCUCCUUUCCUGAAUGAUGAUGUCCUUGUCUCAUCAUGACAUCAUCCCCAACUCGUUUCAGCUGGAUCUGACCCUGCGAUGACAUCACUGUUCAUCUCCACCACUGAGCAAAGACUUAUAGAUGUUCACUGCCCAUCUUUUUUUAAACACAAAAUGACAAUGCUCCAUGAGCAAAUGAAUAUUUAUUGCAAAUAAAAACAACCAAGCCUCUUUUUA